CCUGGGGAGAAGCCAGCGGUGUCGGGAACUACAACUCCCAGAGUCCCGCCGCGGCCGUUCGGCUGAGGAGCUGCGCGGAGCUGAGUGUAAACAUGGCGGUCGGGAGACAGACAAAGACGAGUCAGGCUGGGAUGUGAGCGGCGGGGGAGACGCUGGGGGCGAGCUGGGCACGGAGGGCGGGCGUCGUCUUCGUCAGCAUCUCAUCGGGAGCGAGUCAGGCCUGCCGCCCGCUGGGAGCCGAGGCUCGGUGACUAGACAGGUUCUUCUGGUUACUGAGGACGCAAGGGACCAGCAAGUGUUUCCCGAAAGGGCCGCGUAGCCGCUUCCUUGGAUCGGAUCUUCUCUGUCCCCGGCAUGGUGCCCGGCCGCGGCUGGCCUCGCCUAUGAUCCUGCUGAUAUGCGUCCAUCUGCAGACGGAAGUGUCCUGAGUCUGCCAGAAACCAUGUCCCAUUAUACGGAUGAACCCAGAUUUACCAUAGAGCAGAUAGACCUGCUCCAGCGCCUCCGACGCACGGGAAUGACCAAACACGAGAUCCUUCACGCCCUGGAGACGUUGGAGCGUCUGGACCAAGAACACAGCGAUAAGUUUGGAAGACGAACCACCUAUGGGAGCACCACCUACAGCAACAGCACCAACACCAUCCCCGCCACGUCCUCCACCGCCUCAACACAGACCCUCCACUGCGGCAUGUCCCCGUCCCCCAGCAACAGCUGUGACACGUCCCCGCAGCCCUGCACUACCAACCAGAACGGGAGAGAGAGCAGCGAGAGGCUUCCGACCUCCAACGGCAAACUGUCCCCAACACGCUACCACACCAACAGCAUCGGCCCCAGGUCGUACAGCUUCGAGGCUUCCGAGGAGGAUCUGGACAUAGAUGACAAGGUGGAGGAGCUCAUGAGGAGGGACAGCAGUGUCAUCAAGGAAGAGAUUAAGGCUUUCCUGGCGAACCGGAGAAUAUCUCAAGCAGUGGUCGCCCAAGUAACAGGUAUCAGCCAGAGCAGGAUCUCUCACUGGCUGCUCCAGCAAGGAUCCGACCUGAGCGAACAGAAGAAGCGAGCGUUUUACCGAUGGUACCAGCUGGAGAAGACAAGUCCAGGUGCAACGCUGAGCAUGAGGCCAGCACCCAUCCCCAUAGACGACACCGAGUGGAGGCAGACCCCACCCCCCGUCACCGCCACCUCCGGGACCUUCAGGUUACGACGGGGAAGUCGUUUCACGUGGCGAAAGGAAUGUCUGGCCGUCAUGGAGAGCUAUUUUAAUGAAAACCAGUAUCCGGACGAGGCCAAGAGAGAGGAGAUCGCAAAUGCGUGCAACGCGGUCAUACAGAAACCAGGCAAGAAGCUCUCCGACCUGGAACGCGUCACCUCCUUGAAAGUGUACAACUGGUUCGCCAACAGGCGGAAGGAGAUUAAGAGGAGAGCCAAUAUCGAAGCAGCAAUCCUGGAGAGUCAUGGCAUCGAUGUACAAAGCCCUGGCGGUCACUCGAACAGCGACGACGUAGAUGGAAAUGACUAUUCCGAACAGCUGGUUGCCAUUGGAAACAGUCGACAACCUUGUUGUCAAGAUUCGUCCUUAACAGCUCUCCUUUUGAGAAAACCAAGAAGGCUGAGUGAUUCCAGCUCUGCAACCUAAAGAAUUGUGAUUGCAGCUCUGGAGAUAUAAUACCGGCAGGAAGUACACCAAAGGAGUCCGUAAGCGGCUUAUUCCCUUCUCUCCAUUCAAGACACUCUUAUUGUUCGGGGUCUUUGCCGAUUGAGUUGGGUUACUUGAAGUGUUGCCAUAGAGAUGCCCAGGCCGCAUAAGAGCUGCUAACGCAACACAAUUUUAUAUGCAUUGGAGCCAUAAAAAUUGAUUUCGAAGGUCAACCUUUACUUUACUUUAAAGAAAUUAGUACUAUACUCUUUAAUAAAAAUAAAUAACCAGAUUUUUUAUUUUUUAUUUUUUUUUUGCACUUUUUAUGUUUUUUUUUUUUUUUUUAGACUAAGUAUUUCAUGUAUUGAGAUUUAAUUGGAUAUUUUCAUUUAUUCCCUCUACAUGCUUAGGAUGACAGCACCAGUCAUAGCGAUCACCAGGACCCCAUCUCCCUAGCCGUGGAAAUGGCCGCUGUCAAUCACACCAUCCUGGCACUGGCCCGUCAAGGCACCGGAGAGAUCAAGACAGAAGCGCUGGACGAUG